AUCGUGCUCAUUAGAUAAACAUAUUCGGAACCAAUAAAUUAGAUAAUGCAAUUCAUUUAUUGAUUGAUUUAUAAUAUUUAAGGAUAUCUCCAGAAAUAUUCAGUUUCUGAAUUAUUCAAAUUAGGACUUCUCAAAUAAUAAAAACAUCCGGCUUACAAUUACAACCCCCAAAAUUUAUUAUCAUCCAUCCAUAUUAUAUAAAAUAGACGAUCCCAUAUUGAAAAACAACAAAAAUUCCUAUCAUUUAUUUUUUUAUAUCACGGAUUCUGGAAAUAAAUGCGCAAUUUUUUUAAAAAGAAAUAUUUUCCACAAAAAAGUGUAAUAAUUCGAAUGGUAUUAUUCUAAAUCAUUCUCGGAAUGGGUAAGAUUUCUCACCCACAACCUGGCCAGCCGUUUAAAUUCUCUAUCACGGAAUCAUGUGAUAGGAUUAAAGAGGAAUUCAAUUUUUUACAAGCUCAAUAUCACAGUCUGAAGAUAGAAUGUGAAAAGCUAGCUUCCGAAAAGACGGAGAUGCAAAGGCACUACGUCAUGUAUUAUGAAAUGUCCUAUGGCUUGAAUGUGGAAAUGCAUAAACAGACGGAGAUAGCUAAAAGGCUGAAUUCAAUAUGCGCGCAAAUAAUACCCUUCUUAUCUCAAGAGCAUCAACAACAGGUGGCAUCGGCUGUCGAAAGGGCUAAACAAGUCACCAUGUCGGAGCUAAAUGUGAUAAUAGGGCAACAAAUGCACGCCGUUGUAGCUCAACAACAGCAACCCUUGUUGUCUGCUAAUGCGAACCUAAAUAAUCCCAACCCACUUAACCUGAACAACCCUAACCUCAUUAAUCCCGGCAAUCACCCUGCCAACAACCUAGCAAACUUGGGCGCUCUAAAUAUGCCUUCCAUGCACCCCCAUAAUAUGGGUGGGUUACCUUUCCCCCCACCCCAUCCAGGCCUCCUUAUGCCUCCUCCUCCAGGCCUGCUCGCUGCUUUCGAAGAAAAUGCUAAAAAACAUCUCAUGAUGAACGAAGAUCGUCAAAGAAACGACGAUUCUCCUCAGCCACCCUCCAAUCAUUUUCUCCCGUCCUCCUUAUCCAUCCCUAAUGGGCCCACUAAUUCUGGCAACCCGAUUACUAAUAAAAUCGGUGGUGGCGAUAAUGCCACUUCGCAUUCACACACGAACAGUAAUCCUCUCUCAAAACGUAAUAGUACUCCCUCUCUAUCAUCUUCAUCAUAUAACCUAAUUCAAAAUAACGGCUCUAAUUCAAAUUCCGAAAAUCACAAUGUAAAGAGCCUGCCUGCUCCUCACCCUUCCCUUCUUAUUCCUCCUAUGAUACCACCCCAUUUGCUAGCAGGAACGGGUUCUUUUCACCCUUUACAUGGGGUUCAUCCUGGAGCCUACCCUCCUAUUCCUCCUCCUCCUCCCUCACUUCUUCAUACACACCACCCUACUCAUCCUCAUCACCCUCAUAUGUUGAAUCAUCACCAUGUUCAACUUGGACAUAGUUCUCAAAAUAUCGGUCAAAACAUACAAAAUCACAAUGUAUUGUUACAUGGUAAUAAUUCGUCAUAUGGACGCUCUUCGCCUGUGCAACAUGCUGCACCCAACAAUAAUACUGGAUCUGGACCAACCAAGAAGAGAAAAGAUAAACACGUUCUUAACUCGACCAAAGAUUCAGCUUCUCAUAAUUCUAACACAGCUCAGUGUAAUAAUAAUAGCCGGGCAUCUUCUUGUACCCCCCUGCAAUCAAGGGAAAGGAGAGAUAGCACACCUUCAUCUUUCAAUGCCCCUUCUUCCAAACGCAAUGGAAACGACAUAGUAAGCAAAUCCUCCCCAGCUUCGCACCAAAUUUCUAGCGUCAUUGACAAUUCAAAUAUCAAUGGGGCAGAAACUAAUCUUACAUCCACAACAGCUAAGGAUGAAUUUUAUAACAUUAAUGAAGGCGAUUUAGAUAAUAUUAAUAACAAUAAUAACUUUGAUGAAGACACUUUGCCACGUAUUAAAUCGGAAGCCUCUGACAUAGACGACAAGAGUGAUCAGGAAUUGGUAGUCGACGUUUCCAACGAUAUCGAUAACGAAGACUCUAUCAACGCUGCCAUAACCUUGGCAAAUCAUUUAUCUUGUCAAAAUCAAAAAGAAGAGCCAAUGAAACUCGAUUCAUUUACAACCUCCUCUCCAAAAAUCGAAAAUAUUAGCAACGAACUAGCUCAAAAUAAAGAUGGUGAAGAUAAUUACGAAGGAAAUUACAAAGGCAUGAUAAAUGGGGAUGAAAAUAUGGGAGCUUUCGCUAAUAAACACAACAAACACUACCAUAGCAGUUCGCAUAAGAGAUUUAGAAACUGUGAAUCCGCUAAUGAGUCAUAUAAAGAUAAAGAAGCCCAUUCUGGCAAGAAAAAGAGCAACAAUAUGACGGUAGGAGGAUCAUUCAAAACUUCGCCUUCUCUUAGCGAGGGCGGAGCACAGAUACAUCCUGAUACAGAAGAUAGCCACAACUACAACCUAUCUUCUCCAGCUUCAAACAACGGAGCCAGAAAAGGCACUUCUAUUCAUCAUACUAAUCAAAUCAAAAAUAACAAUAUUGCUAUUAACGGUAAUAGUAAUUCACCCUCCCAUUCACCAAACGUUAAUAACAAUACAAAUUCAGAAAAUGGUGGUGGAGGACGAAGUAGUUCUUUGGGAAAAAUAAAAUCCUUUUCCGCCAAUAUUUCAGCCACUCCUUCACCUAUUCCAAAAGCUCUCAGUAACAAUCAAUCAGCCAUUGUUUCUCCACCUAAUCACCCUUAUCAUCACGCAUUGCAUUCACACCCUUCCCAUCCUCAUAAUAUUCUUCCUCCUCCUUCGUCCCCUUAUUUUUUCCAACCCUACCCUCCCCACCACCCCGAUUUUCCUUCAUUACUCCUUCAUCAUCAACAACACCAAAACAACUUGCAAAAUUUACAAAACUUACAGAACUUGCAAGGCCCACCUCACAUGAUUCACCCCUUGCAAAACCACCCCAUGAACUCUAUACAUCCUAUGAUGAAUCCUAACGCCUCUCUACAUCAUAACCAUUUAUCACAUGGGCCUCACUUUUCGUCGCUGCAAGCUCCCCAUAUUAUCCCCCCUUCGUCCACUCUAAAUAUCCAGCAACAUCAUCAAAACGAAUUAUCCACAUCGUCUCAUUCACAGGGCGUUAUAGUCAAACAAAUACCACCAACCCCGCCGUACGCCUUUCACUCCUUGACCCUUACCCCACCACUUGAUAAUGAAGAACCAGGUGGCAAUAAUAAUAUAUUGGCCACUGUACCUAGGCCUGUUUCUUUUCCUCAAGAUUUUAAUCUCCCUCCCACAAAUUCAUCUACCACUAAUUGUCAAAAUGGACCAAAUAAUAACAGUAAUGGAUUGCCGAAAUCACCUUUCAUAAAACAAUUGCACACACUGAAUCAUGGCGAGGUGGUGUGUGCAGUAGCAAUGAACCAUACAAAGCCCGUUAGGUUUUUGUAUACUGGGGGAAAGGGAUCUGUUAAAAUUUGGGACAUGAAAGACACAACCAUGAAAACACCCAUACACGAAUUACAAUGCUUGAAUAGAGAAAAUUACAUAAGAUCUUGCAAACUGUUAUCAGAUGGACGAACUUUGAUAGUGGGUGGAGAGGCCAGCACUAUUACUAUAUGGGAUAUUGGAUCGCCCACACCAAGAAUAAAAGGAGAAUUAAAUAGCCUUGCCCCAGCAUGCUACGCCUUAGCUAUUAGCCCUGAUAACAAACUAUGUCUGAGCUGUUGUUCUGAUGGGAAUAUAGCAGUUUGGGAUCUUCAUAACAAUUCUCUAAUUAGGCAAUUUCAAGGACAUACCGACGGAGCAAGUUGCAUAGACACAUCAUUGGACGGAAACAAAUUAUGGACUGGAGGACUCGACAAUACAGUUAGAUCAUGGGAUUUAAGAGAAAUUACGCUAAAAGGGAAACAAUUGCAGCAAUACGAUUUUAAUAGUCAAAUAUUUUCUUUGGGAUGCUGUCCGACAGGAGAAUGGGUGGCAGUUGGAAUGGAAAAUAGUGUGGUGGAAGUGAUACACCAUACAAAACCCGACAAAUAUCAAUUGCAUUUGCACGAAAGUUGUGUUUUGUCAUUAAAAUUUUCAAAUAACGGUAAAUGGUUUUUGAGCACGGGAAAGGACAAUCUACUCAACGCCUGGAGAACACCUUACGGAGCUAACCUAUUUCAAGCCAAAGAAACAUCCUCAAUAUUAAGCUGCGAUAUAUCUUUUGAUGACAAAUACUUACUAACAGGAUCUGGCGACAAAAAAGCCACUCUUUAUAUAAAAUCUUCUAUGCAAAAGUAUCGCUGUGUCUCCUGGGUAUUAUUUCUAGUAAACACUCUUAAAAUUUUUCAAUAUAAUAUUAGAGCAUGAUGCAUUAUCGAUUAG